CCCCGCAGGGCGGCCAUGGCGGCGUUCUGGCAGCAGCGGGGCCGGCGGCAGGAGCACGGCGGGCUGGGCGGUCUCAUCGACGGGCUGGGCAGCGUGUUCGAUGUGCUGCUGGCCAACGCCAGGCUGGUGCUGGGCGUGAGCGGCGCGGCCGUGCUGGCCAUCGCCACGCUGGCCGUCAAGAGGCUGAUCGACCGAGCCACCAGCCCUCGGGAUGAAGGUGAUCCCAAAGCCGAGCAGAAGACCCUGGAGGAGACCUGGCAGGACUUGGCCUUGAUCAAGACUACACCAAAGCCCCCCAAGAAGCAGAGAAGGGAAGACCUCAGCGAGCCCCUGCUCUCCCCAGCUCGGCCACUGGUGCCAGAUCCCAGGGCAUGCUUUGCCUCUGUGGGGGCUCCUCGGGUGAAGCCCAGCCCUCUGCCCUGCCUCACGCUGCAGGAGAAGCUCCUCUCACACCACAGCAGCCGUCUGGCCGUGCCCGAGAUCCAGGUGUCCCUCGUCCCUCAGCUGGCCAGGAGCAUCAGCACCCAACUGCAGAACUUCCUGCGGAGCAAGUGCCCAGAGCUGCCCUUCGGCCGCCUCUUCCUCAGCGGAGCCCUCCUGGACGGCCUGGAGGUCCUGGCAGCCGACCACAUCCACCUCAUGCUGCCCGUGGUCCUCGAUGCCGGGCUCUGGAGCCUCAUCCCGGGAGAGGACACCGUGGUGAGGAACCCCCAGUACUGGAUGAUCAAGAGGGUCGACCUGGGGUAUUUCCCCCGUGGGUGCAGCCCCUGGGACAGGUUUAUGGUGGGCCGGUACCUCUCCUCCAACGUGCUCAACGAGACCCUCCACAAGAUGCUGGUGGCCUCCAUCAACUGGCCUGCCAUCGGCGGCCUGCUGGGGUGUGUCAUCCACCCCGUCGUGGCCUCCCGGGAGCUGAAGCUGGAGGUCAAACACGAUCAGGUCGAGCUGAGCAUCACCCUCUUCCCAGUGGUGGAAAUGGAGGACAAGGUUCUUCUGGCUGUUCCUCCUGAGGGACUGGUGGAAAACCUCUGGCUCGAGAGCUUUUACAGGGCAGAGGUCUCGAAGGUGAAGGAGCUGGAUGCCGGCGACUCCGGGGCUCGGCAGCGCUGCCUCCGCAUCCUGAACGGUGUCUGCAGGAGCCACCCCACCCUGCACAAACUGGGGGGCAGUCCUGUGACCCACGUCAUCCUGCACCUCAGUGACUCCGGCUCCGACUGGGCAGAGGAAAGCCUGGCUGACAGGUUCCAGCAGGUGCUCGAGGAGCUGGUGGCCUACCUGGAGAAAGGGGUCCUGCCUUCCUAUUUCAACCCCAAAAUCAACCUGUUCUCCGGGCUGUUGGAAGAGGAAAUCGAUGAGAUGGGCUUUGUGCUCUACAGGGCCAUGUCUGAGCCAGAGCUCCUGCUGGAGUGACCAGUGCGUCGGGAGCUCCUGGAUGUGGGAUGUUCCUCACCCGCCUGCUGCUCCCUGCUGUGAGGGCUGCCAUGCUUCUAGUUGACUAGUCAGUAAGAGGCAAAGUUCUUGCACUACAUGACAAAAAAAAAAAAAAUGGUUCCUGUGUGAAUAAAACGGGCCUGAGCAGAGGUGGGUGUUGGCAGAAGGAGCCUUUGGCUGGGAGGCUCUGCCAAACCCGGGGCGAGGGCAGCCCGAACCUGGAGUACCCACAGGUGAGUCCCGUGUGCUGGGAGCCAAGGGAAGCAUGUUUACUCUCUGGUUCCCAGUGUCCUCUGCCUGUCCCAGCUGUCAGGCUCCCCUCGUGCUCCCAGACCAGCUGGAGGGGAGCAGCUCCUUCCUGCUGCUCUGUCCUGCAGGCCCCUCAGGUGCAGUGCCCUGGGUGGGUCCUUUCACCAGCACUUGGUCUUACUGUGCCAGCACUUGGGACAGGGUGGCAGAGCCUCACCUGCCUGUAGGAUGUUGCCAAUCCAAAAUAUGCCCUGUGGAUGACCUGGGUGGUUGUCUGGGCACUGGGUGGUAUGGCCAUAGCAAAUGGGGCUGGGGGUUUAUUCCUUGGAAACCCUUUCAGCUGCCAAAAGGAGUGAGCUCAGCUCUACCUCUUUGUUCCCCCCGAGGAAGGGGUUUGCUUCCAGCACGGAGCUGGGGCUUCAUGGCUCUUUUCCCACGCAGUGUUUUGCUGGAAGAUGUCCUGAAAAAGAGCUGCUGGCUCUGGGGAGGCUCCUGGUGUCAGUCCCUUGGAGGCUGCAGCAGGGCUGUGUCCCCUCCCCGGUG